GGCUUUGCUCAAGUGCUCAUUAUCUUGAUUUUGUGGCGACCAACAGCGAUCAACCAACAUGAAGUUUGGGCACGAUUUACCGCGUAACCAAGUCCCAGAGUGGGCAUCGUCUUACAUCAACUACAAGGGCUUGAAGAAGCUCAUUAAAACUGCUGCUGAGGCUUCAAAACAUGGCUCAGAUCCGGAUCUUGCUGAGUUCUUCUUCUCGCUCGAUCGUAACCUCGAAGACGUGGACACCUUCUACAACCGCAAGUACGCAGAGUAUGCUCGUCGACUGAGGCUCCUGCAAAGUCGUUAUGGACGAGUGGCACAAAUGCCAGAUGGCAUCGAUAAGGAUGAGGCGCAGGACCUCAUGGAUGCACUCUUAGAGUUGCGCAGCCAACUGCGCAAGCUCCAGUGGUAUGGUGAAGUCAAUCGCAAAGGCUUCGUCAAGAUCACGAAGAAGCUGGACAAGAAGAUACCAACUGUGUGCACACAGGAGAGGUACUUGGUCUCACGAGUCAACCCAAAGCCGUUCACGCGCAACUUCUCGUUGAACCAGGACAUGAAGACCGUCAAUGAGUGGCUGUCUGGCUUGGGCGACAUAAAGACCUUUGAUGAUAGCGGCUCCACAUAUUCUGCAGCAUCUCUGGGACGGGUCCCUGGUCGCUCGCUGAACCUUCCUUCAGCCCUACUAGACGCUAUGGAGGACGCGAUUCGCAGCGAUCGAGCCGAGGACGCUAGCCGUCUGCUCUCCGAGGCAGCCGUCAGCAACGAACCGACAAGUCCAGCUUUCCAGCAGGUUCUUCUUAAUUUCCUGCAGCGCGCAAUUUCACAUCGAGCCAAGACGUGCAUCUCAAGGCUUCUGCAAGACAUUGCAACUCUGGAUGAAGAGGACGAUAUUAACAAGCGCAAUGUUAUACAUCGUCUUGUCAUCAGCAUCGGUCGCUCUAAGACCGGCGAGACACUUGACGGUGAGGCUCGUCUCCCACAGAGCUUGCUGGACGCGCGGAAUUUUAUAGUACCAGCCACGGCUCCAAACAGACAACCCCGUCCAUGCACGACUACAGAAGAGGAGUCUACGAUGCUUCUGAGCAAAAACGACGAAUCUGUCCGACUACUUAUCUACGUACUUGAUCAGUUGCAGCCCCAUCAACGUAUAGCGCUACAGUCGCGCGAUGCUUUUGGACGUCUGCCACUCCAUUAUGCUGCUGGUUACGGCUUCGUUGUGAUCUGCCAAGUUGUCAUCAAGCACAUGCAGGACUGGGGUCAAUUCAAUGUCAGUCAAGGUAUCGACGCGCAAUACUGGCAAGACGAUGAGGGCGACGCACCGCUUCAUCUUAGCGUGAAAGAAGGCCAUCCGCUAACCACCAAGGCACUACUUGAGGCUGAGAACUGGCGUGGGUCGAGCAAGGAGAAAUUCACGUCAAGAAAGACCGUCUCGCAGUCAGGAGAAGCGCUGGCUCUGGCAACCAAGUCGAACUUCGUGACUAUUGUCAAACUACUGGUGGACGCUGGAGUGGACGUCAACUAUCAGAACAAGCAAGGAGAGACUGCCUUGCACAUUGCCGCACAAUAUGGCUAUGUUAAGUGUACCAAGGCCUUGCUGGAGGGCUCCAGCGUCAACAAGAUUGACGUAAAUAUUUCUGAAAACACAUUCGCAUGGACUCCUUUGUUCAAUGCUUGUGUUGACAACCACCUUCCAAUUGUUGAGCUUCUGGCUGCUGCUGGAGCAGAUCUGCAGCGAUACGAUAACUCUGGAUGGACCGCCAAGGAACAAGCUGCACUUCGAGGCCAUAUGAAGAUUGCGCACUACCUUGCAGAGCUCUGUCCUGCAAUGGACUCACCACCACAAGCAACAGCAGACAAUAGGAUCGCUCAAGCUGGAUCACCUCCUCAAUCUUCUCUUGAUGAAAAGACGUCCAAGAACAUGGCGCGCGAAGGUGGUCAAGUAUUGCAGAAGGUGCCGGAGCCUGUCAAGAGUUUUGGGCAUCGAUAUCUAUCAAAUGAGACCAUGAUUUUGGUCAGCCUGGGCUCGAUGGAUAUGCGGAAGAACGUACCAGCUGUUGCGCUUGAUGACAUUCCCAUGGCUGAUGCACACACCACCCAGCUCGAUACCGCCCUGUCAGUUUUUGUCUCUGCUUCGGGCGCUACAGGCGAGACCUAUCCAAUCGACUUGCCAGUCCAUGACAUCGCCACAGAACCGAUUACCUUCAUGACUAAGGAUGUCAGCAAGGUGCAGCUACUGUUCGACAUCUGUCCGACUUAUGCAGGGUCGAAAGACAGCAUCGUUGGACGAGGCGUUGCCCUUCUUUCUACCAUCAAGACCCACAUCGGCUCGAAGCGUAUUCCUUUACAAGGUGACGUGAAGGUUCCAGUUGUGGCAGCAUCAACUUUACAGGUCAUUGGCACCGUGAACUUCAACUUCCUGAUCAUCACGCCCUUCCAACAUCCAAAUAUGUCCAUCACAGAAGAACACACGUACUGGAAGAAGAUGGCGUCGACUAUGGUCAUCGGUCAUCGCGGUCUCGGAAAGAACACUGACAAGCAAAGGACAUUGCAACUGGGUGAGAACACAAUCCAAUCCUUCAUCUCUGCUGCGAACUUGGGAGCAGAGUACGUCGAGUUCGAUGUGCAACUGACCAAGGAUCUUGUACCCGUUAUCUAUCACGACUUCUUGGUCAGCGAGACGGGCAUCGAUGCUCCUGUACACACACUCACUUUGGACCAAUUCCUUCAUAUUGGUGAAGGUCAGAAGCCACGAUCAUCACGCUCUGGCUCUCCUGGAAACGUCACUCCUGUCAACGGUGCUCUUGGUGGAGAGGAGCCACGUCCGAACCCCAAGAGGUUACGCUCUUACUCUGUGGAUAAUUCAACACAGCGCAACAUUCACACCGAACGUCAAGACGAGCUUAAGGAACGUAUGAAGUACACCCGCGAUUACAUAAAGAAAGGUUACAAGGGCAACAGUCGAGCGAUCUCUAUUGGAUCUGACUUCACUACGCUUGAGCGGAUGUUCAAGAGUAAGGACAUCCCGGCAUCUACUGGCUUCAACAUUGAGAUGAAGUACCCCAUGCUUCACGAGUCUGAGGAGGAAGAGAUGGACCAGUACGCAGUCGAGCUGAACUCCUUUGUCGACACGGUUCUGCAGGUCGUGUACGACCACUCAAACAAGCGUAGGAUUGUGUUCUCUUCUUUCAACCCAGACAUAUGCCUCAUGCUGUCUUUCAAGCAGCCGUCGAUUCCAGUCCUGUUCCUCACCGAUGCAGGCACAUCGGACGUUGGAGACAAGCGAGCCGCUAGCUUACAGGAAGCGAUUCGGUUCGCCAGUCGAUGGAAUCUGUUUGGUAUCGUGAGCGCGGCGGACCCUCUCGUUAUGUGCCCAAGGUUCAUUAGGAUGGUGAAGGAGAACGGACUGGUGUGCAUGACUUACGGUGUGCUUAACAACGACCCGAAGAAUGUCCGAUUGCAAGAGAAGGAGGGCAUCGAUGCUGUCAUCGUUGAUAGCGUGCUUAGCAUUCGACAAGGUCUCCAGGCGCCCGAUGAGGCGAAUGUCAAUGGAACGAACGGUACAACGCUUCCGAUCCAUCCUCCACCUAUUCCUGUCAUCCAGGAAGGCAAUGAAGGUGUACCGGCAGUCCAGCUCAGCGGGCAACCGCAGGUAGUAUAGCCACGGAACUAUCAUUUGUU